CGCACACUUUUUGCUAAGUCGUUCUUUUGAGAAUAAAUAAGACAAGUAUUCAAAAAAGAAUAUCUCUAUGGCGGCACGGGGAAAUCUGAUAUUGGACGCUUGAAGAGACAUUUCAUAUUUCAAGAGAAAAGAUGGGAUGCAGCUGCAGUUCGGACAAUUCAGACGGAGAGUGGAUGGAGAACCUGGAUGAAAUCUGUGAAAACUGUAACUGCCCCAUCCCUCCCCAGUCAAGCAAUCCAUACACAGGCCAGCUGAUUCCAUACCCAUCGCAGCAUUCACCUCCUUCAUCUACUUUACCAGCCAACCUUGUGGAAGCCAUAUACAGUUAUGAACCCAACCACGAUGGAGACCUGGGCUUUGAGAAGGGAGACAAGCUCAAGAUCAUCAACAAGGAGGAUCCAGAGUGGUAUUUGGCCGAGUCUCUCACCACAGGCCAGCGAGGCUACAUCCCCCACAACUUUGUUGCAACGACCACAGUGGAGACUCAACCGUGGUUCUUUAAGAACAUUUCUAGAAACGAAGCCACGAGGCUCCUCCUCGCUCCUGGGAACACGAUGGGCUCCUACUUGAUUCGAGAGAGCGAGACAACCCAAGGGUCCUUCUCCCUAUCAAUCAGGGACUUGGACCACAACACCGGUGAAGGAGUCAAGCACUACAGAAUCCGCAACCUGGACAGCGGCGGCUUCUACAUCACAGCCAAGAUCUCCUUCAACUCGCUGAAGGAGCUCGUCCAGCAUCACUCACGUGAAGCGGAUGGGUUGUGCAUGAAGCUGAUGAAGCCGUGUCAGUCGAGGGCCCCACAGAAGCCCUGGUGGCAGGAUGAGUGGGAGAUUUCCCGCGAGAGCCUGAAGCUGGAGAGCAGGCUCGGAGCGGGACAGUUUGGAGAAGUCUGGAUGGGUAUCUACAAUAAUGAUAGGAGGGUGGCUAUUAAGAAACUGAAGAUAGGCACAAUGUCGGUGGAGGCCUUCCUGGCCGAGGCCAACAUAAUGAAGAACUUGCAGCAUCCACGCCUCGUCCGACUCUUGGCCGUUGUUACCCAGGAGCCGAUCUUUAUCAUCACGGAGUACAUGGAAAACGGCAGCCUUGUCGAUUACCUGAAAACAACGGAGGGAGGCAAUGUGCCCAUGAACACACUCAUAAACAUGGCGGCUCAGGUGGCUGACGGCAUGGCUUUUAUAGAGGAGAGAAAUUACAUUCACCGAGAUCUGAGAGCAGCCAAUAUUCUGGUGUCUUAUGAACUCAUCUGUAAGAUUGCUGAUUUUGGACUGGCGAGGCUGAUCGAGGACAACGAAUACACAGCAAGAGAGGGUGCAAAGUUCCCCAUCAAGUGGACAGCCCCAGAGGCUAUUAACUACGGCACCUUUUCCAUAAAAUCGGAUGUGUGGUCAUUUGGGAUCCUCCUGACAGAAAUAGUGACAUAUGGACGUAUACCGUACCCUGGUAUGUCCAACCCCGAGGUAAUCCAGAACCUGGAGCGGGGCUACAGAAUGCCGAAGCCAGAAAACUGUUCAGAGGGACUUCAUAACAUCAUGGGUCAGUGCUGGAAGGAAAACCCAGAGGACAGGCCCACCUUUGAGUACCUGAGGAGCGUUCUGGAGGAUUUCUUCACUGCCACAGAGAGGCAGUACCAGGAAGGCUAAAGGCAAAGCCAUGUGAACAUGGAUUGUGUUUUAUUUGUUUUUGAAGAAUAUAUAUUUGCCUUUAUAUUGAUAAAAAGCUGAAAUCCCAAGAUUGCUUUGUUUCUGCACCAAACAUAUGCCAAAGUGGCCUCUUAUCUCAUGUGGAACUGUGCACAUUGGAAACUCCUGUAACAGCUGGAUCACAGCAGAACCAAUAAGAGGAAGAAGAGUGAAGCCCAUGCAGCCUGAACUGCCAUGCAGCUGAAUGAGUAUAGCUGCUCUGCCGGUGCUCAUUAUUAAGAUGUAAAUAGCAUCAAAGUGUUUAGUCUGUGCAGUUUGAUACAUGUUGCUGAUAUGUUUCAUGACACAAAAAAAUACUCAGAUGCGUUCUGUAAAUGUGUAAAUUUCAAUCAUACUGCAUUCUGGACACCGUUUUGAUCUUGUAUGCUGUUGUCAAUCCUUUCCCAAGCGUUCCCAAUAAAUAACAACCAAUCAAAAUAUGUAUUUGUGAUCAGUCUUUCAAUGAUAUUGAGCAACAGUGAUUACAUGUUAAAUAGGUGCUCAGCAGGACUGUACAUUUGUAAUACAAACGUAUUACAAAUGAUGCAUUGCUAUAAAUUAAACAAACACCAGUAGACAAAAGCAGGUUAAUAAAUAAAUAAAAUAAAAAUACUGCAUAUACACAUUAAAUGAUCAGUUGUGAUAAUCUGAACAAAUCACAUAAAUCAAUGUAAUAAUGAUUGCAUUGUAGCCUAUCACUUUAUCUAUACACUGUCUA